AUGGCUCGUGCUGCAUUGUCCCGCGCUGCGAGCGCAAAGCCUGCUGGGACGAAAGAAAAUAAAGAGAACAAGGUCAAUGGCACUGCGGGCAUGUCGGAGGGAGCUUCCUCAAAGCGUAAACUGCGACGCGUCCCAACAAACGCAUGCCGUGCUGACAAGCUCCCAGCUGCUGGACGCGCGCGCGCAAAGAAAACGGCGACACCCGCGCCCGCGCCUGCGCCUGCGAAGAAGAUGGCCAAGCGCAAGAAGGACGAGGAGAGCGACGUGGAGGAGGAAGAGGCCGAGCCAGAGGCCAAGAAGGCAAAGGUCGACCGCCCCAGCGCUGCGCGCAAGCCGGCAAAGCCCCUGCAGGACCCAUCAAAGCCUCUGCCUCGCGGCCCGCGACGGGUGCGCGGCAAGAAGACGGAGAUCAACGCGAUCCGCUACACAGAGCCGCUGAAGGUCUUCGUCUUCGGCGAGGGCAGCUCCGGCGAGCUCGGCUUCGGGGCGACCAAGAAGGCCAUCGACGUCAAGCGCCCGCGCUACAACGAGGCACUGAGCAACCAGCACGUCGUGCGCGUCGCGGCAGGCGGCAUGCACGUCGUUGCGCUGACCAAGGACAACAAGAUCCUGACCUGGGGCGUCAACGACAACGGCGCCCUUGGUCGCGACACAUCCAACGCUAACAUCAAGCUGCGUGACAUGGACGCUGACGAAGACUCGGACUCGGACGACGAGACUGGUGGCCUGAACGAGCUCGAGGCCACGCCGACCGCGGUUUCUGCCGAGUACUUCCCCGAGGACACUGUCUUCGUCGAUGUUGCUGCGGGCGACAGCUGCACCUUCGCCCUCACCACCGAGGGCGCCAUCUACGGCUGGGGCACGUUCCGCAAGAAUGAGGGUAUCCUCGGUUUCGAGAAGGGCAACCACACUGCGCGCUUCCCUGUAUACAUUGACGGUGUCACCAAGGUCACGCAGAUAGCCUGCGGAACCAACCACGUCCUCGCCUUGGACAAGGACAAGCACGUCUUCGCUUGGGGUAACGGCCAACAGAACCAGCUCGGCCGUCGUGUCACAGAGCGAACCCUCAUCGAGUCACUGCAACCGAACCGCGUCGGUUUCCACGACAGCACAGUCAAGCGCCCCAGCCAAAAGAUCGCGCAAGUCGCAUGCGGCGACUACCACGGCUUUGCUAUCGCCGAGGACGGCCACGUCUGGUCAUGGGGCGUGAACAACUACUGCGAGACAGGCUACCCGGAGAACGCCGGGGCCGACGAUGCCAGCGUCCUCACUCCCCGCGUCGUCCACAGCCUCGAGGGCAAGCACGUUGCCUCCAUCUCCGGCGGUUCGCAUCACAACAUCGCCAUCACCAAGGAUGGACAGGUGCUCAUUUGGGGUCGCUGCGACGGCUCGCAGACCGGCAUUCCUAUGGAGACAUUGGAGGCCGAGGACGAUGAGGAGAAGGUGCUCAAGAACAACGGGAAACCCAAGAUUCUGAUCGAGCCUACGCCCAUCCCCAACCUGAAGGACAUCGUCACCGGCGCCUGCGGUCCGGAGCACACCAUCGUCAUCGACAAGGAUGGCAAGGCCUACUCCUGGGGUUUCUCUGCAAACUACCAGACCGGUCAAGGCACUGACGAAGACGUCGAUGAGCCUACACACAUCGACAACACCGCCGUACGGGAGACGAAGCUCACAUGGGCUGGCUGCGGUGGCCAGUACUCCAUACUGGCGAGCAAGAAGGAGUAG